AUCAUCAUGUUUUUAAGUUUUCUUCAGUAUCACAGUAAUCCAGUGAUAGCUGUCUGUGAAUAAACUUGUUUGUAUUGUAUUAUAUUGUAAAGUAUCACAGGAAUUGUAGUUCCAAAACUUAGAGCAUGAUUAUCCCAGAAGUAAGACAAAGAACAAUAAUAGAAGUAACAAUAAACCUUUUUCCUGUUGCACUAUGAAUAGUCUUUUGACAUGGCUAAGGCUCCAAAUGUCCUAUCCCUCAGUUUUGUCUGAGGGUGGGCCCACAGCCUUUGAAAGCUCUGAUCUAAAGGGUUCAUGCCUAUCUUCUUGUAGAUCUGGUCAGUAGUUGUGUUAGACAGACAGUCAUCUGGCAAACAUCACAAAAACAAUUCACAGUUGUGGUCAGAAAGAUGACGUAGGCAAAUAAAGGAAUGACAUGUAGCUGAUAGAGAGGUAGAGCGAGGCCGACAGAGAAUAAGAGAGAGAGAGGUGGAGAGGCAGAAGUGGGCAGGUAGCCCAGCAGAAAGGCCAUCUGCUGCCUCACCCUGCAGCCACUGUGUGAGCAGUAAACAGAUGGACACUGUGGACAUCCUGUACUGAGGAAAAAAGAAACUGAACUACAGAAAAGGUACCAAUAGAUAAUAAAAAAAGAAAAUCAUCAAAGAGAAGGAAAAAUAAAAACCAAACCCCUGAGAUGGACACAUGUUUCAUGUGAUUUUGAUGUGUAUCUUUUAAUUUGUGUUGUUUAUUUAGUUUAAUCUGUUGUGGCUUUUAAUUUCAUAUUUUGCCUUGUUAUAUCUUGUCUCAUCGUGUCGUGUUAUGUUGUGUUGUCUCAUGUUAUGUCAUGUUGUGUUAUAUCUUGAGAUAUAAUGUGACAUAACAUAAGAUGUUGUGUCGUAUUAUAUCUUGAGUCGUGUUAUAUCUUGUCUCGACUUGUCCGGUCAUAUCGUCUCGUCUUGUCAUGUUAUGUUGUGUUUUAUCUUGUGUCGUGUUAUAUCUCGUCUCCACUUGUCAUGUCGUGUUCUAUCUUGACUUGUCAUGUUAUGUUAUGUCGUGUUAUAUCUUGUCUCUACUUGUCAUGUUAUGUCAUGUUGUGUUAUAUCAUGUCUUGUAAUGUUAUGUUAUGUCGUAUGAUAUCUUGUGUCAUGUUUUAUCUUGUCAUUUUUUGUCAUGUUAUAUCUUGUCUCAUCUUGUCAUGUCAUGUUGUGUUUUAUCUUGUCUUGUCAUGUUUUGUUGUGUCGUGUUAUAUCUCGUCUUGACUUGUCAUGUUGUUUUAUCUUGUCUUGUCUUGUGUCAUGACGGGUUGUAUCUUGUGGCGUGUUAUAUCUUCUCAUGUCAUGUUGUGUUUUAUUUUGUCUUGUCAUGUUAUGUUAUGUCGUGUUAUAUCUUGUAUCGUGUUGUAUCUUGUCUCGUCUUGUCAUGUUAUGUCAUGUUAUAGCUUGUCUUGUCAUGUUAUGCUAUGUCGUAUUAUAUCUUGUGUCGUCUUAUAUCUUGUCUCAACUUGUCAUGUUUUGUUGUAUUAUAUCUUGUCUAGUCAUAUCUCGUAUAUCAUGUUGUGUUUUAUUUUGUCUUGUCAUGUUAUGUCGUGUUAUAGCUUGUGUCGUGUUAUAUCUUGUCUUGUCAUGUUAUGUCGUGUCUUAUCUUGUCUCGACUUGUUAUGUUGUGUUAUAUCUUGUCUCGACUUGUCAUGUUAUGUCAUGUUGUGUUUUAUCUUGUCUUGUCACGUUUUGUCGUGUUAUAUCUUGUGUUGUGUUAUCUUGCCUCGUCAUGUCGUGUUAUAUAUUGUCUCGUCAUGUCGUGUUAUAUCAUGUUGUGUUAUAUCAUGUCUUAUGUUAUGUCGUGUUAUAUCUUGUGUCAUGUUACAUUUUGUCUCGCCGUGUCAUGUUAUGUCAUGGGUUAUAUCUUGUCUCGUUUUGUCAUGUUAUGUUAUGUCGUGUUAUAUCUUGUUGUGUUGUGUUAUAUCUUGUCAGGACUUAUCAAGCUAUUUUAAGUUAUAUCUUGUCUUGCGAUGUGUUAUAUCUUGUGUCGACUUGUCAAGUUAUGUCGUGUUGUGUUAUAUCUUGUCUCGACUUGUCAUGUUAUGUCAUGUCAUAUCUUGUCUUGUCAUGUAAUGUUCUGUCGUAUUAUAUCUUGUCUUGUCUUGCCAUAUUGUGUCAUAUAUGUCAUGUCUUUUCAUGCCGUGUCGUCAUGUUUUGUUGUCUUUUUAUGUUGUGUCAUGUCUUCUCAUGUUGUGUCUUAUCUUGUCUCGACUUGUCAUGUUAUGUAGUGUUAUAUCUUGUCUCGUCUUGUCAUGUCGUGUUGUAUCAUGUUGUAUUAUAUCUUGUCUCGUCAUGUUAUGUUAUGUCGUGUUAUAUCUUGUGUCAUGUUAUGUCGUGUUAUAUCUUGUCAUGUUAUAUUUUGUCUCGACUUGUCAUGUCGUGUCAUAUAUGUCAUGUCUUUUCAUGCCGUGUCUUCAUGUUUUGUUGUCUUUUUAUGUUGCGUCAUGUCUUUUUUAUCUCGUGUCACAUCUUUUCAUGUUUUGUUUUAUCUUUUUGUUGUGUCAUGUCUUUUCAUGGUGUGUCUUUGCAUGCCGUGUCAUGUCGUGUUAUGUCUUUUCAUAACAUGUCAUGUUAUUUCAUGCCCUGUCUUUUAUCUUUUUAAUGUUAUGUCUUGUCAUGAAGUGUCAUAUUUUAUUCUAUUAUGUGAUUCUGUGUCAUGUAAUAAAUUGUCAUGUCUUUUUUGUGGUGUUGUGUGACAUCUAUCAUUUAGUUUUGUAUAAUUUCUUUUGGUGUCGUUUGGUGCCAUGCCUUGUGUUGUUUUGUGUUUCAUCAUGUCUUUUUGUGUCAUUUCAUGUUAUUUAAUUCCAUUUCAAUUUAAUGUCAUGUCUUCUCAUUUUGUGGCAUUUCAUAUCUUGUUGUGUCAUGUUGUGUGUGUCACUUCAUGUGAUGGCUUGUCAUUUCAUGUCAUGUUGUUUCAUAUUGCGUUGUAUUGUGUUUGCGUUGUCGUACUACACUCACUGCUGCCUUGAAGAACAUUCACAGCUUGUAAACGAGGAGACAUUUAGUGAACAUUAGAUUGAUCUGUUAGCUGCUUCUCAGACUGGGUGGAGAUGGUCACGCACACACGCACACACACACACACACACACACACACACACACACACGCACACACACACACACACACACUCAGAUCUAAUGAGACAAACACAUUGACAACAAAGCACAGCUCAUUCCCAGAAGACUGAAGCUCCAACAGGAAAAUGCCCUGUCAGACCGAAAGAGCCAGAGAUGGGAGGAAGAUGUUUGGCAGAAGAAAAGACAUGAAAAGAUGGUGGAUGAAAAAGUGAUGAUAGAGAUGCACAGACAGAGAAGAGAGAGAGAAAGAUAGAAGGGGAAAAACGAUGACAAACAGCCAGAGAUCGGGAGGGAGGAGAGAGACGAGCUGAAAUAUCAGGCAGCCGGUUAGCGAGGACCGCAACUCCCAGGGUUCCACGGGGCUUUGCUCCAGGCCAGGCGACAGUCAGGCCCGUGGCUGGAGGAUUAUGGGCGCUGUAGUUUUCUCUUACAGGACUCAGACUCGUCUCUGAACGCUGACGGCU